AUGUCCUCAUCGUCGACAGAGGUCGACUCCUGGGCAGCAUCAAUGUCGAAGACAGCCACCAACCCCGAAGACCCUCCCUCUCCCCGUGUCAAGUUCCCGAGUCUUUCAGUUGAUACUCACGACUAUGCGACCAACACCCCGGCAGAACCUGGCUCGAGCCGCGUCCGCAUCGCGUCCACCGACAACCAUAUGGGCGCCCCGCUGACCCGCACCUCCACCGACCAAGCAAUAUCUCCUCUGCGCCGUCGCGCCGGUACCUUCAAGCCCGUCGAAGACUUUGACGACUUUGAACUCUCCCGCCCCGGAUGGCAACCCGGUUCCGAGCCGGGUUUCGACCCCAACAAGUCCGAUGGUGGCCAUGCCUCCAUGCCGACCCUUCAUGCGGACUGCGACAUCUCUGUUAUAGAUUUUAGCCAAGACAAAAUGGUGAAGCACAAGUUCGGGAACGAUGGAUUUGUCGACUUCAUCAAAGAGCCUCAGGAAUCCUGGGUCAAGUGCCGCUGGAUCAACAUCAACGGUCUCAGUUGGGAUGUCAUCUCAGCAUGCGGACAGUACAAAGGCCUACACAAGCUUGCCAUUGAAGAUAUCAUGAACACACGGAACAGAACCAAGACGGACUGGUACGCAAACCACGCCUUCAUCGUCCUGACGCUUCAGAAGCUUGUGCUGCUGAUCAACGAGGAUAGCAGCAGCAGUAGUGAAGACGAGUCGGACGACGACGCGAGUGUCAAGACUAGCAAGCUGAAGCGUGCUUUUACCAUGGGAGGCAACAAGGUUCGAAGUGAUCCUGAAGUGGGAAAGACACCAGUCGGCGUUAAUGGCAGCGGGAAUCCUUAUGGACACACUCUCAGCCACCAUCCCAGCAACCUCUCCCAGCUCCCCGAGACGGCUUUCGUUCGCACUCUCCAGCGUUAUCACGCCUCGGCGAACGAAACUCGCACAGAGUACAUGGAGAGCCACUCGUCUCUCAUCUCUCGCGGCCUGGCCGUCUCCGCUGAACAGGUCGCCAUCUUUCUGACAUCAGACAACACAGUCAUCUCCUUUUUCGAGAUGUCAGCCGAGGACAUUGAGCGUCCAAUUACAGUGCGUCUAGGCGACUCGUCGACCAUACUCCGCCAGUCCUGCGACGCCUCACUUGUCGUGCAAGCCAUCAUUGACGCCAUUAUCGAUCUCGCAAUCCCUCUGACGGCGGUCUACAGCGACGUCAUUGGCGACCUGGAGCUCGACGUUCUCACGAGCCCGAGCAUUAAGCAGACCCGUAGCCUCUACAUUUGCGUCUCGGAAAUCAACAAGAUGCUGACCUUCCUCAACCCCAUCGACAACCUCGUCAACGUCCUCCGCGACCACCGCACCGAGCUGAGCCAGGAGGCCGCCGCCAGGGAGCUGCAGAACCCGGCGAGCGGCGUCAUCGUCACCCCAAUGACCCAUACCUACCUCGGCGACGUGCUCGAUCACUGCGUCAUCACCACUGAGGCCAUGCAGCAGAUCAAGCGCUCCGCCGACAACCUCAUCGACCUCAUCUUUAAUACCAUCUCGGCCAACCAGAACGAGAGCAUGAAGCAGUUGACCAUCAUUACCAUUAUCUUUUUGCCGUUGACUUUCUUGACCGGGUAUUUUGGGCAGAACUUUGAGGAAUUCGAGGAUAUUAAGAAGCCACAGGGUAUUCUGUUUUUCUGGCAAAUCGCCGUCCCCGUCGUAGUCGCCACCAUCCUCAUCAUGAUGAGGACUUGGAUCUUUGCCUGGUUCGACACGUUUACCCAGCGGAGGAGGAUCAGCGCCGACAGGAAGAGACGGAAGAGGAGGAGGGAGAAGAAGAGGAGGGCCAAGGCGGACUAG